AGGCUGAGUUUCACUUCCCGCCACUGCUGCCAGCAGCAAGAACCAGCUGGAGAGCGUGCACCCUGAGUCAUUGCUGCCUGCCUGCUACUCGGCUCAGCGGCAGAUACCCACCAUGGGCUCGCAGGCCUUGCCCCCGGGUCCUGUGCAGACCCUCAUCUUCUUGGACCUGGAGGCCACUGGCCUGCCCUUCUCCCAGCCCAAGGUCACAGAGCUAUGCCUGCUGGCCAUCCACAGAUGGGCCCUGGAGAGACUUCCCACCCCUCAGGGGCCUCCUUCAACAGUGCCCCCACCACCCCGGGUGCUGGACAAGCUCUCCCUGUGCGUGGCUCCGGGGAAGGCCUGUAGCCCUGCAGCCAGUGAGAUCACAGGCCUGAGCACAGCUGUGCUGGCUGCACACGGGCGUCAAUGCUUCGAUGCCAACCUGGCCAACAUGCUCCGAGCCUUCCUGCAGCGCCAGCCACAGCCCUGGUGCCUCGUGGCACACAACGGUGACCGCUACGACUUCCCCCUGCUCCAGGCAGAGCUGGCUGUGCUGGGCCUUGCCAGCGCUCUGGACGGCGCCUUCUGUGUGGAUAGCAUUGCUGCCCUGAAGGUCCUGGAGCAAGCUGGCAGCCCCUCAGAGCACGGCCCAAGGAAGAGCUACAGCCUGGGCAGCAUCUACAUGCGCCUGUACGGGCAGGCCCCACCAGACUCACACACAGCCGAGGGUGACGUCCUAGCCCUGCUCAGCAUCUGUCAGUGGAGGCCACAGGCCCUGCUGCGGUGGGUAGAUGCUCAUGCCAGGCCCUUCAGCACCGUCAAGCCGAUGUACGUGGUCACAGCCUCAACUGGAACCAGCCCAAGGCCAUCUGCUGCUACGGCCACUGUACCCCUGGCCAGCGCCAGGGACACCAGCCCCAACCGUGGUGGAAACAGGAACCCUAAGCCCCUUUCCCCAGUGAAGAGCCCUGGAGCCCCACCCAGGGAGGGACUGCUGGCCCCACUGGGCCUGCUGGCCUUCCUGACCUUGGCAGUAGCCACGCUGUAUAGGCUGUCCUUGGCCAUACCCGGGCAGUAGGCCAAGAAAGAAAUUCUGACUAAUAAAGACCCUCCACAGCA